UUUGAGGAUUGUUAUUCUAGGGAAGAAUGUGUCGGAAAACUGCAAAGUUAGAAACUUGAUCCUGGGAAUAGAUAUGCGUGAGAAUGAAGAGCCAGCAGCUUUACUGAGGCACAAUCUGAAGAUCAGUGGAAUGGUGGAGGACAGACACGUCACAGUUAUUAACACUCUUCAACUGCUGAAUCCAAACCUCUCAGAUCAUCAGCUCACAGAGACAGUGAGAGAUUGUGUGAAUCAGUCAAAUCCAGGACCUCAUGUCUUCAUACUCGUACUGCAGUAUAAUGACUUCACUAAGGAGGACAUGACAAGAGUCAAACACGUGCUGAAACAAUUCAGUGAAGGGGCGAUUAAACGCACUAUAGUGAUCACAACUGAUAAAGAGACACACAGAUCAAUUAUUAGUUCUAUGAUCAGCCAUACUGAACAGCUGAUUGGAGGCUGCACUAUGGUGCAGGAGCAAACUGUUCAUCAGUUGAUUAAGGAGUGUGGAGGUGGACAUCUGCAGCUGGAUGAAAGAAAAACAGAAUUGCACUCAGAUAUAUUUAAAUGGGUUGAUAAGAUACUCAAGGAAAACCAUGAAGACUAUCUUACAUGUAACAUAUUUCAUGAGUUUAAAGGAUUGUCUGUGGAUGAAGAGCCAUUUGAUUCAGAGGAUGAAAACACAAGUUUGCACCACAAUGUAUAUGGUAACGUCGAAGAGAAACAAAAAAGUGGAAUGUCAGAAAAUUUCUCUGGAAAACAGAAGCUGAACCUGGUGCUGUGUGGAGGCAAAGGAUCACUUAAGGUCUCUGUGUCAAAACUUUUACGAGGGAAGAAGAUAAAGCCGUCAUGUCGGCUAGCACGCAGUGAAGAGUGUGUGAAGAGAGAAGAGAAGAUACAUGGACGUCUGAUCAGUCUGGUGGAGCUUCCAGCUCUCAAUCGUCUCUCAGAGGAGGAAGUGAUGCGUCAGACUCUCCACUGUGUUUCCCUCUGCGAUCCUGGAGUUCAUGUUUUCAUCAUCAUUGUUCCUGUUGGGCCUCUGACUGAUGAAGACAAAGCAGAAAUGGAGAAGAUGAAAAUAAUAUAUGAUUCUUAUGAGUAUUUCAUUAUGCUCUUCACCUCAGAUACUGCUGUUGGAUCAGCAGUGAUAGACUUUAUCAAGUCCAGCACAGAAUCUCAGAGGUUAAUCAGUCGUUGUGGAGGUCAGUACAGAGUCAUUGGGUUAAAGGAACCUGAAAACUCAAGACAGAUCCCAGAACUACUGGAUUAUAUAGAAAACAUGACAACUAAACCAUAUUCACUUCAGACAUAUGUGAAAGUCCAAGAGAACAGAGUCAGACGAGAACUGGAAGAGAAACUGAGUGAAAUGGAAAGAACAAUCAAAGACUUGCAGCAAAAGAUUCAGUCAGAAGCAGAUGAUCAGGAGUGUCUGAGGAUUGUGUUGAUCGGCAGGACAGGAAGUGGAAAGAGUGCAACAGGAAACACUAUUCUGGGAAGAAAUGAGUUUCACAGCCAAUUAAGGCCAGAUUCAGUGACAACAGUUUGUGAGAAGGGAGUUGGUGAAGUUGAUGGUCGAUCAGUAGCUGUUGUUGAUACUCCAGGACUCUUUGAUACAACACUGACAAAUGACCAAGUGGUUGAAGAAAUAGUGAAAUGUGUUUCACUGUCGUCACCUGGACCUCAUGUGUUUGUCAUUGUGUUGAGUUUGGGAAGAUUCACCAAGGAGGCAAUGGACACUAUGGAUCUGAUAAAGAAGAUCUUUGGCCUGAAAGCUGCUCAGUUCAGCAUCGUUCUGUUCACUAGAGGAGACGAGCUUGAGGAUGAAUCUAUAGAAGAUUAUGUGAGCAAAUAUAACUGUGCAGAACUUAAGAAACUGAUCAGAGAUUGUGGAAACAGAUUCCUGGUUUUCAAUAACAAGGAAAAACGAGACAAAACUCAAGUAAUUCAAUUGUUAAACAUGAUAGAAAAGGUGAAAAAUACUAAUGAGGGUCGAUACUUCACUAACAGCAUGUUUGAGGAGGCAGAGAUGAGCAUUAAAAGAAGAAUGGAGGAAAUACUGAAAGAGAGAGAGAGAGAAAUUCAGGCUCAAAAUGAAAAAUUAAAAGCAAAAUAUGAGAUGGAAAAGGAAAAUAUGAUGAAGAGACUCGAGGAAGAGAAACAAAGAGCAGAUGAGGAGAAAAUGAAGAUGGAGAAUCAAUUCAGAAAAAAAGAGGAAAAACUCAGAAGGGAGUCUGAAGAGAAAGAGAAAACAGAACGGAAGAAACGAGAGAUUGAAAACCAGAAACGAUCAGAAGAGGAAAAACAGAAAAAAGCUGAAUAUCAUCGAAAAAUAGAAGAAAUGAAGAGAGAGAUUAAAAAUCAGAGAUCACAGUAUGAAAAACAACAAAAAGAAAGAGAAGAAGAAGAUAGAAAGAGAGAAGAGAAAUACAGACAACAUCAAGAAAAGAUGAAAAAUGAACAAGAACGUAUUAUAAUUGAGUUACGAAUGAAACAAGAAGAGGAAAUAAAAAAGAGACAAUCUGAGGAGCAAAGGAGGAAUGAAGAAGAAGAGGAAGAGAGACAGAGAUGGAGAAGAAAAAUAAAAGAGGCUGAAAAUGACAGAAAAGAGAUUCAGGAGGAAAUUAAACAACAGCAGAGAGAAUGGGAGGAUGAAAAGAAACGACAGAUGAAAGAAAGAGAGGAAGAUGAAAGAAAGAGAAAAGAGAGACAUGAGGAACAACUGAGAGAAAAACAAGAAGAACUGGAGAAAAUGAGAAAGAGAUUUGAAAGAGAGAGAGAAGAAGAAAGACAGAAGAUAGAGGACGAGAGACAGAAACAGAGAAGAGAGAGAGAAGAAAAAGAGAGAGAAUACAAAGACAAGAAAUCUGAAAUGGAAAGACAUUAUGAGCAACUGGAGCGAGAGAGAAAAGAGGAGUGGGAGAGAAGAAAACGAGAAGAUGAUGAGAGACAAGAGGAAGAGAGAAAGAGGUGGAAGAAAAUGAUUGAAGAUCUGAAACAAGAGAAGGAUGAAGAAAAAAAGAGAAGUGAAAGAAAGGAGAAGGAGAGAAAAGAACAAGAAGAGAAAGAGAGAGAGAGAGAAAAGAGCAGCACAUUCAGGAGCUCAAAGAAAUAG